AGGGUGUCCCUGCUGUGUCCCCAGCUGUCCCCAGGUAUCCCCACGGUGUCCCACAGUGUCCCCUCAGUGUCCCCAAGUGUCUCUGCGGUGUCCCUCUGGUGUCCCCAAGUAUCCCCACAGUGUCCCCAGGGGGUCCCUGUGAUGUCCCCAAGUGUCCCUGCAGUGUCCCCAAGUGGUCUCCCAUGUUCCCAGGGUGUCCCCGUGGUGUCCCCAAGUGUCCCCUCAGUGUCAUUAGGGUAUCCCCAACCAUCCCCUCAGUGUGCCCAAGUGUCCCCAGAGUAUCCCCGCAGUGUCCCCAGGGUGUUCCCAGCUGUCCCCAAGUGUCCCCGCGGUGUCCCCGCAGUAUCCCCAAGUGUCCCCUCAGUGUCCCCUCGUGUCCCCUCGUGUCCCCAGGGCGAGGACGUGCGCCGGGAGCUGCUGGCGCAGGCUCAGGCGCUGCCGUCGCUGCUGUCCCGCGUUGGGGACGGUGCCAGCGCCCUCGGGGACGCCAUCGAGCUGUACCAGGCCUGCGUGGCCUUCGUGUGUGACAGCCCCGGGGCCGAGGCGCUGCCGCUGCUCCGGCACGUGGCGUCCCACGGGAACUCCUCGGUGUUCCGCUGGCGAACCGGGCGGGAGCCGCGGCGCCUGGAGCGGCCCGAGCCGGCACCGGAGCCGGAGCCGCCGCGGGAGGACGCGGGGGACACGGGGAACACGAUCGACUGGGGGGAUUUCCCCGCCGAGCCGCCCCGGGGCGGCGACACCGGCGGCGACACCACGGAGCAGGCCGGGCCCCAGGGGGACAAUGGCAUCGGCUGGGGUGACGGAGAGAAGGGGAUGAUCACAGCAGAGCCCAGCCCCCAGGGGGACGACGGCAUCGACUGGGGCGAUGGCGAGAAGGGGACAAUCGCAGCAGAGCCCGGCCCCCAGGGGGACGAUGGCAUCGACUGGGGUGACGGGGAGGGACAGGAGGGGACGAUCACCGUGCUGGAGGCUGGAACUGAGGCCCCCGAGGACGUUGCCCGCGGCUCGGACGCGCUGACCCUGCUGGAGAACCCCGAGACACGGAACCAGUUCAUCGACGAGCUGAUGGAGCUGGAGCUGUUCCUGGCGCAGCGGCUGCAGGAGCUGGAGGCCGAGGCCGACGUGGUGGCCAUGAGCCAGCUGCAGCUGGCCCCGGCCGCGCUGCAGGGCCAGAGCCGCGGGCGGCUGCGGGCGCAGCUGGCCACCGCGCAGGACCUGCUGCGCCAGCUCUGCUCCCGCAGCGUGCAGCACCUCUGCAUGAUCCUCGCCUCGCCCAGGUACGUGGAGCGGGUGGCUGCGCUGCUGCGGCGGCAGCUGCUGCAGGCCGAGCUGCUGCAGGCCAAGCGAGCGGCGCUGGGCCAGCGGCGCCGCCAGGCCCUGGCCGAGCAGGCGGCCCUGGAGCCGCGGCUGCAGCGGCUGCAGGAGAGAAGCCGGGAGCUGCAGCGCCUGAUCGAGGCCGACAUCUCCAAGCGCUACGGGGGGCGCCCGGUGAACCUGAUGGGCGUCAACGUGUGACACUGGGACACCUGGGGACAUCGGAGUGGCACCUGUGACACCGGGGGACAUCGGCCUGUGACACCUGGGGACAUCGGAGUGGGACACUGUGACACUUUGGGACAUCAAUUUAACACCUGGGGACAUCAGAGUGUGACACUGGGGACAUCAGCCUGGGACCCCCAGGGGACACCAGCCUGUGCCUGUGGCCCCUGAUGCCACGGGGGGUCCCCAGGGUGCUGCGCCCAUCCCAGCCCCCCCUGCCCACCCGGGGGUGCCGCGGGGUUUGGGGGUGUCGCCGAAUAAACCCAAAUUUGGUGGCA